UACAGGAGAUGACCAGAGACUGCGGACACAGUACAGGAGAUGACCAGAGACUGCGGACACAGUACAGGAGAUGACCAGAGACUGCGGACACAGUACAGGAGAUGACCAGAGACUGCGGACACAGUACAGGAGAUGACCAGAGACUGCGGACACAGUACAGGAGAUGACCAGAGACUGCAGACACAGUACAGGAGAUGACCAGAGACUGCGGACACAACAGGAGAUGACCAGAGACUGCGGACACAGUACAGGAGAUGACCAGAGACUGCGGACACAGUACAGGAGAUGACCAGAGACUGCGGACACAGUACAGG